AUGGCAGGCUCUAUAUUGUAUGGCCUUGUUGGCUUCCUUGCCUUGGGAAAAGCAACAAUUGCCCAGGAUAUUAUCACAGAUGAUCUGGUCUUCUACGGUCAAAGCCCACCCGUCUACCCAAGUCCGAACGGCACUGGCGAUGGCAAUUGGGGAGAGGCAUAUACCAAGGCGAGAGCCUUUGUUGAGCAACUGACUCUCGAGGAGAAAGUCAACCUGACCGGUGGAACCACCUCGUCGACCGGCUGUUCGGGCUUCAUCGCCUCCAUCCCGCGCCUCAAUUUUCCAGGGCUGUGUCUCUCCGACGCAGGAAAUGGCUUGCGGAGCGCCGACUACGUCUCCGCAUGGGCGGCAGGCUGGUCUGUCGGCGCGUCAUGGAAUCGAGCAUUGACCCAUGAGCGAGCUGUCGGCAUGGGACAAGAGUUCCGCACCAAAGGAUCAAACGUAAUGCUCGGCCCAGUCGUCGGUCCACUCGGACGUAUUGCGUCCAGUGGCCGGAAUUGGGAGGGCUUUUCAAACGACCCCUACCUCACUGGUCAGCUUGCGUAUGAGACUGUGAUCGGAGUGCAGUCCACCGGUGUAAUUACAAGUGUGAAGCAUUUCAUCGGCAACGAGCAAGAGACAUACCGUAACCCUGACGGCAAUGUGUCUUCCGUCUCGGCCAACAUCGACGAUAAGACUAUCCAUGAAUUGUAUCUUUGGCCCUUCCAAGACGCAGUGAAGGCCGGCACUGGGAAUAUCAUGAGCUCUUAUAACAAGAUCAACAACAGUUGGGCUUGUGACAACAGCUACACCCAGAAUGGCCUCCUGAAAACGGAGCUUGGUUUUCAGGGAUUCGUCGUGUCGGACUGGUAUGGACAGCACGCGGGUGUCGCCUCAGCACUUGCUGGCCUCGAUAUGGUAAUGCCUAGCGGAGACGAUUUCUGGGGAGCCAACUUAACCGAGGCAGUGAACAACGGCUCGGUGCCAGAGGUGAGAUUAGACGACAUGGCAACACGCAUCAUUGCGGCAUGGUAUCAGAUGGGCCAGGAUUCCGGUGAUUAUCCGGAGCCAGGCUCCGGCAUUCCCGAGGAUCUGUCGCAGCCUCACACAAGAGUGAUCGGAUGGAACGCCUCCUUUAAAGACACACUCUACCGGGGUGCCCUCGAGGGCCAUGUCCUCGUCAAGAAUGAGGGUGCCUUGCCGCUCAAGUCUCCCGAACUAAUCUCUAUCUUCGGAUACUCCGCCAAGACACCAGACCAGUACAACUACGGCGUUUUUGGCUUUAACGGCGGAGCAUACUCACUUGUCUAUGGCUUGGACUACAACGGGACUGGCAGCUUUGUGUCCGAGGUUAUAUCGGGUAUUGCGCAAAAUGGUACGAUCAUCUCUGGCGGAGGGUCUGGAGCAAGUCAGCCACCGUAUAUUUCCUCGCCCUUCCAGGCGCUCACGGAACGCGCGCAGCAGGACUUCACGGCGCUAUAUUGGGAUUUCCACAGCUCCAACCCGUACGUUGAUGCUACUUCUGACGCAUGCAUCGUGGACGUCAACGCUUUUGCUACAGAGGGCGCGGACAGGCCGAAUCUGAGGGACGACUACACCGACAGCAUCAUACUCAACGUCGCGGCCAACUGCAGCAACACAAUCGUCAUCUUCCAGAACUCGGGCGUCCGACUUGUCGAGCAAUUCAUCGACCACCCAAACGUGACGGCUCUCAUCUUUGCGCACGUGCCGGGACAGGACAGCGGCAGGGCACUCGUGUCGCUGCUGUACGGUGACGAGAACUUCAGCGGCAAGCUACCGUACAGCGUGCCCCGGAACGAGAGCGACUACGCGGGCCUGCAGAACGCAACGCAGCCCGAUGGCAUCUACGCGCUCUUCCCGCAGAGCGACUUCUCCGAGGGCGUGUACAUCGACUACCGCGCCUUCGACGCCAAGAACAUCACUCCCCGGUACGAGUUCGGCUUUGGGCUAAGCUACACCACCUUCGAAUUUGCCGACUUGGUCUCCACGAAGGCGACCAACGUGAGCACGGAUUCAUACCCCACUGGAGAGGUGCUCGAGGGCGGGCAAGAAGAUCUGUGGGAUGUCGUUGCUACUGUAUCCGCGACGGUGACGAAUACCGGAAACGUGACAGGUGCUGAGGUCGCGCAGUUGUACGUGGGGAUCGCAGGUGGCCCGGUCAAGCAGCUACGUGGGUUCGAGAAGCCGGUGUUGGAGGCCGGCCAGAGCGCGACGGUCAGUUUCUCGCUGACAAGGCGAGACCUCAGCACGUGGGACGUUACGGCACAGAAGUGGCUGCUGCAGAAGGGCGACUACCCGCUCUACGUGGGAUCAAGCAGUCGGGAUCUGCCCCUGACGGGGACAUUGACGGUCUGA